AUGGCGCGGAGGACUGACGAGCUUGCCGACGGAGAUCGGGCAGCUCACCUCGCCGAAAAUCAACUGACGAGCGUGCCGGCGGAGAUCGGGCAUCUCACGUCGCUGGAGAGGUUGGAGCUCAACCACAAUGAGCUGACGAGAGUGCCAGCGGAGAUCGGGCUGCUCACGUCGCUGAGGGCGUUGUCCCUCAGCAGCAACAAGCUGACGAGCGUGCCGGUGGAGAUCGGGCAGCUUACGUCGCUGACGGCGUUGUUCCUCGGCGACAAUCUGCUGACGCGCGUACCGGCGGAGGUCGGGCAGCUAGCGUCGCUGGAGGGGUUGUUCCUCGGCGACAAUCGGCUAACGAGCGUGCUGGCGGAGAUCGGGCAGCUCACGUCGCUGACGGAGUUGAGCCUUGGCAAUAAUCAGCUGACGAGCUUGCCGGCGGAGAUCGGGCGGCUCACGUCGCUGACAGCGUUGUUACUCUACGACAAUCAGCUGACGAGCGUGCCGGCAGAGAUUGGGCAGCUCACGUCGCUGGUGAAGCUGAGCCUCACCGAAAAUCAGCUGACGAGCUUGCCGGCGGAGAUCGGGCAGCUCACGUCGCUGACGGAGCUGUACCUCUACGGCAAUCAGCUGACGAGCGUGCCGGCGGAGAUCGGGCAGCUCACGUCGCUGGUGAGGUUGUAUCUCGGCGACAAUCGGCUGACGAGCGUGCCGGCUGCGAUACGCGAGCUCAGAGCGGCGGGCUGCAAUGUGCGCAUGGAUAACGGCGUGACGGUGGACGAGUGA